AUGAACAUUGUAUGGUUUCUGGCGACCAACACGCGGCACCAAGUAACAGUGACUCUGUCGUCGACGGACGAGUGUAUUAUCAUCAAGAUUCCUCGGUGUCGGGAAGAUACUGUAAAUAACGACCUCCCCAUUGACAUCACACGCCCUGAUAAGGAUCCAUACAGUCCACGUCAAGCCUCAGUGUCUCUCGGCUUCAACGCCAACGCAGUUGGCAGCAACAUGACCACCACCGGCUUGUUGGCGGUACUUCUGCUGACCAUUGCUCCGUGUGCAGUGGACAGUAAUUGCACAGCAGGUAUAGAUGAGUGUGACUGGUAUCCGUGGGCAUCGUGGGGAGGCUGCACCGAGACAUGUGGCGGGAAUGGUCGCCAGACCAGGAACAGGGGCAUCUGCUGCGAGGCUGAUCUGGAGUAUGCAGAGUGCGUCACGAAAUGUAAGGUGCCCUACUCGGAUGGACAAAUGAGUCAAGACUGUGGGGCAACUUGCUUCAAUGGUGGAACCUUUGAUGGCAUGAUCUGCAUGUGCGCCGGUGGUUUUAACGGAAAGUGUUGCGAAAACGUGGUAACCUCAUCAACAACAUCGACAACAACAACAACCACUCAGCUUCCAGUUCCGGAAAGAGUAUGCCAAGAUCGCUUUUGGCGUAAUGGAAUCAUCAAAGACGACCAUGUUGUUUCCUCAUCGAAUGAUAAAGGGAAAACAUCAGCAAUGGCCAACUCUGAUUGUAAACACAGGCCGUGUGGGUGGUGUCCGGACCCAAAUCUUCCCGUCCAAGACCAGUACAUCGAGGUGACUUUUGACAAACCUUGGGUGAUCCAGGCCAUUGAAAUACAGCCACCAGAGGGCACUGAUCCAACCUCCGUGGUGCGCAACUACAUGACAAACUAUACCUUCCAAUACCAGCCCAUAGGGGGAACAAAGCUCGUCACAUAUGGCACAGAACACUCAGGACCUAUAUACAUGCUUGGUGUACGUGGAAACAGUGUCACCGUUGUGUCAACUCUGACUGAGAUACAGCGACCGGUGUCAGAGCGCAUCCGGAUAUCAGUGGUCGACGCGGAACAUCACGCCUGCUUUAGAUUUGAAAUCUUCGGUUGUGAAAAUCUGUGUGAUUGCCAAAAUGGGGGUUCAUGUAUAUCUAAGAACACGUGCUUGUGCCCGCCUCCGUACUACGGACCUAACUGCACUUACAUACAUUUGCCUGAAGUCGGAGGUUGUCUGAAACCCCUUGGUAUGUGGAAUAAGAAGAUCAAAGACGACCAACUGAUUGUGUCCUCCUCGGCCUCUGAUCACGGGAAGGAGAAGGCCAGAUACAUCUGCUGCGCGGGUGAAACGAAUGGCGCUUGGUGUCCUGCUGCCAACGAUACCAAGCCUUACUACGAGGUGCGACUUACCAAGCCCCACCUGGUUGCCAUGAUUAUGUUCGAACAGCCUAAUGUACAACACUACUGGGAGCUGCCAGAUACUUUCAUGAAGACCUUCACCUUGCAGUAUCACAACAUCUACAAUGGAGCCAUGGAAACCUACGUGGCGGGUGCUGAUGCAAUCUACAACGCAACAGUCAGCUACUCUCCUGUUCUGGACCCGUAUUUACUCACCGAUGUCAUACGUAUUUCCCCAGUCACUUGGGAGAAGGCCCCAUGCUUCAGAAUGGAGAUAAUUGGCUGUGACCCAGAUGAGGGUCCGGCAGGAGCUGUUCUUCCCGAUUCAAAUGUACUUGGCAGGAAAAGAAGAGAAAUUAGGUACAGCCUAAAGAGACCACCUGCACACUGAGACACGUUGUCAUGUGAAAAGCACUUGGCAAAGACAAGAUGAUCCGUCAAUAGCCUGUUAUGCUUUGAUAAGCUCCAUCUAAUCAAAUUCACGAAAAUAUAUUGUAGUUGAUGGCAAUGUAUAACAUUUAUGUUACACAACAUUUGAUGAUGACGCUAUAGACGCUCUGAGUGUACAUUUCAUCAAUAUUGUUAUAGGCAACAAAAUGAAAUAAAUGUUGACAGAAUU